AUGGAGGUGGGAAAUGAAACCAUGAUUCUAGAAUUUAUUCUUCUUGGCUUUGGAGAUCUCAAAGAAUUACAGAUUCUUCUCUUUGUGCUAUUUCUAUCAAUCUACAUAAUGACUGUUGCUGGGAAUCUUCUCAUCGUAGUGUUAGUAGUGACUGAUCGCCAUCUCCAUACCCCCAUGUAUUUCUUCCUUGGGAAUCUGUCCUCCCUGGAGAUCUGUUACAGUUCUACCAUUAUUCCCAGAAUGUUGGCCAGAUUUGUUACAGGUAACCAGCAGGUGUCUCUGCAUGUUUGCAUUACGCAGUUGUGGUGUUUUUGCUUUUUUGCAGCAACAGAAUGUUACCUUCUAGCAGCAAUGUCUUACGAUCGCUAUUUAGCAAUAUGUAGACCACUGUAUUACUCUACUCAUAUGAAUCCAAAGGUUUCCUUCCAACUUAUUGCUGGCUCUUGGAUGUGUAGUUUUGUGGUAGAAAUGAUAUUGUUUAGUUUUAUACUCCAGUUAAGCUUCUGUGGUUCCAGGGCUAUUGAGCACUUCUUUUGUGAUUUUAUCCCAGUAAUAAACCAGGCCUGCAGUAAUACACAUCUAGUGAAACUUGUAUUAGUUGUUUUGGCAUCCAUCACUACUCUGCCACUUUUCAUUUUAACCACAAUAUCAUAUGGGUAUAUCAUUAUGGUUAUACUUCGAAUCCCAUCCAUCAGAGAGCAGAAAAAGGCCUUCUCAACUUGCUCAUCCCACCUUAUUGUGGUGACAACAUUCUAUGGAACACUAAUCAUUGUAUACAUUCUGCCAGACACUGAUAGACUGAAAAAGUUGAAUAAGGUAUUCUCUGUCUUUUACACUAUCUUGACACCUCUAGUAAAUCCCCUUAUAUAUAGCUUGAGGAAUAAAGAGGUGAAGGAAGCUCUGAGGAGAACAGCUAGGAAAUGUACCCAAUGUAUGCAAAUUUGUCAGAUUCUUGUCUUCAAACUACACAAUGGAACUAAGUUUUCCUGUAAAAACAAGAAAACCUCACUAUGCUGA